CGGACCUAUUCUGGAUGUAUGAUAAAGACAAACUGCAGAGGCAACAAGACUGAAGGCAGCCUGAUUUUCUGCCAGCUCUGGAUAGGAGGGGAACAUGACAAAGCAGCUGUGUGGGCAUGGUCUUAGCCAUGAAAUUCUCUUGGAGACUCUGGGAAAGAGGCAGUCUCUCAGUUACAUCUACCUCCUAGGCUUGUUGUGAAGUUCUAUUGUUGGAAACAGAACACAUACUUUCUUUGAGCUCCUGGAAUUAUAAAUGAGUGUGAGUGUCAUAUCCUGAUUGCUUAAAUAUUGGCUACCUUUGACUGCCAUUCUGGCCUGCUCAGCAUUAACUUGCGUUGUUAUCAAGGAAUUCAGCCUUUUUGUCCCACAGCCUAUGCACAGGCUUAUUCCUGAUUCUUCGUUUUCCACUUCCACUUUCUCAAGAAACUGAACUGGAAUUUGUGUGAUUGGAGGUAAGCUCGACCUUUUUGUUUUGACUGUUCUAGCAGCAGCAGCAGCAGCAGCAGCAGCAGCAGCAGCAGCAGCAGCAGCAGCAAGAGUUCAUGCUGGGCUGCAUCCUUGCCCUUGGCAUCUUCCGCCAGAGCACUGGUUGGGAAGGGCUCUGAUUCUGCCCCUCAUGGACUUUGACAAGAAGAAGCGCGUUUGCCUGUUGUGUGCCGCAGAAGCUAAGCAAGCUAAAGAUUUCUAGACGGGGUAGGGAGUUGCUGUUCCUUUGGCUGCACAGUCUGCUCAGGUUAUCUGCAUAAACUCAUCUUCAGAGAAGGCUUUCAGUGGGAGUCCACAAUGUGGUGCUGCGUACUACUCAUCAGUGUGGUUUGGGCUGUGGUCUGGUUCUUCCGUGACCGGCAGACUUUGAGCAACUUCAAAGACAAGUAUAUUUUCAUCACGGGUUGUGACACAGGUUUUGGGAACAUGCUAGCCAAGAAACUUGACAAGAAGGGUUUCCAAGUGCUGGCAGGCUGCCUGACUCAGAAAGGAGCUGAUAGCUUGGAACGCACCAGCUCACCCAACCUGCGCACCAUACUGCUUGAUGUUACCAGCUCCAAGAGCAUCUGCAAAGCAGUGGAAUGGGUGAAAGCUGAAGUGGGUCGAAAAGGACUCUUUGGUCUGGUGAACAAUGCAGGAAUAGGCAGUUCUAUUGGCCCCACAGAAUGGAUGACUGUGGAAGACUACCGCAAAGUCAUGGCUGUUAACACCUUUGGAAUGAUCGAGGUAUCGUUGGCCUUCCUACCAUUGCUCAAGCAAGCACAUGGCCGAGUAGUCAAUAUGUCCAGCGUCUUGGGGCGGCUUUCAGCCAACGGUGGUGGCUACUGCAUUUCCAAAUAUACAGUGGAGGCCUUCUCUGACAGCCUCAGAAGGGAUAUGUAUCAUUUUGGGGUAAAAGUCUCCAUUGUGGAGCCAGGCUUUUUCAAAACAGCCAUGACUGAUCUUGGAUCGAUAGAGGCCUCUUUGCGGCAACACUGGGACCGAAUGAGCCUUGAAGCCCAGCGGAGUUAUGGUGAUCAGUUCUUUCACAGUUACCUGAAAGUCCAGAAGUUCAUCAUGAACAUCAUCUGUGAUUCUGAUCUCAGCAAAGUGACAAACUGCAUGGAGCACGCCCUUCAAGCCAAGCACCCUCGCUCUCGUUACAGUGCAGGUUGGGAUGCUAAAUUUCUGUGGCUGCCAGUUUCUUAUCUACCUGCUUUCUUGGUGGAUAUUUUCCUAUCUAUGAUCUUACCAAAGCCAGCUCAGCGGGUGCGCUGAAAGCUUCUUCCUUAUGACCAAGCUUGAGGCUUUAGUGUUGAAAGAUCGUACUUCUGAGGAUUAGGAAGAAAUAAAAGAAUUAGAGAAAGCUGUUGCCUUGCCAGC